UGAACAAAUAGCGGAGGGCCGGCCGCGCCAGAACGGCUUGUGUAACUUUGCAAACGUGCCAGAAAGUUUAAAAAUCUCUCCUCCUUCCUUCAGUCCAGACACUGCCCGCUCGCCGGGGCUGCCGCCGCCACCGCCGCCACCGCCGCAGCUCGGGCUUGCCUUGAAGAAAGAAAAAGAGGCGAGAAGCGGCUGCCACGUCCCUACGGCCGCCUUUGUGGGGAGCAGAGUCUGCAGCCUACCCCUCUCGCCGCUGCUGCUGGCUCAGGACUGAGAGCUUUGCGCUCUGCCCGCCUCCCCGGCUGGAGACUUUUCCCGCCUCCCUCACGUUCACUGUUUUGUUUUGUUUAAUUUGAUUUUUAAUAAUUAUUAUUUUAAACAACAAAAAAAAAUUUUUUUUUCCCCGAGCUCCGUUCUCCCGGGACUUCGAGAAGCCUCGAGCCAAGGGCGCCAUGCGCUUCGCCCUGACCGCGCUUCUGCUCGGGCCGCUGCAGCUUUGCGCGCUGCUGCGCUGCACCCCGCCCGCCGCCGGCCAGCAGCAGCCUCCUCGCUCGCCGCCCGCUGCCCCCAGCGCCUGGCGUCACCGGAUCCAAUGGGAGAACAACGGGCAGGUGUUCAGCCUGCUGAGCCUGGGCUCCGAGUACCAGCCCCAGCGCCGCCGGGACGCGGGUGCCAGCGCCCCCGGCUCCUCCAACUCUACCGCCGCGCAGCCGCGUACGCGGAUCCUGCUGCUCCGCAACAACCGCACCGGGGCGGCGGAGCGGACGCGGACCCCCGGCCCCUCGGGAGCUGUCGCCGGCCGCCCCAGGCCCACCGCCCGCCACUGGUUCCAAGCCGGCUACUCAUCUGGGGCCCGAGAUGCAGGCGCCCCGCGCUCCGGGAACUGGACGGCGCCUGCAGAGCGCCCGGUGCUCAGCAACCUACGACCUCCCAGCCGCGUGGAAGGCAUGGUGGGCGACGACCCCUACAACCCCUACAAGUACUCCGACGACAACCCCUAUUACAACUACUAUGACACCUACGAAAGGCCCCGGCCUGGGAGCAGGUACCGCCCUGGGUAUGGCACAGGCUACUUCCAGUAUGGUCUCCCGGACCUGGUACCCGACCCCUACUACAUCCAGGCGUCCACAUACGUGCAAAGGAUGUCCAUGUACAACCUGAGAUGCGCUGCGGAGGAAAAUUGCUUGGCCAGCUCAGCAUACCGGUCAGAUGUCAGAGAUUAUGAUCACAGAGUGCUGCUAAGAUUCCCCCAAAGAGUGAAAAACCAAGGGACAUCAGAUUUUCUCCCAAGCAGGCCAAGAUAUUCCUGGGAAUGGCACAGUUGUCACCAACAUUACCACAGCAUGGAUGAAUUCAGCCACUACGAUCUUCUUGAUGCCAACACACAGAGGAGAGUGGCCGAAGGCCACAAAGCCAGUUUCUGUCUUGAGGACACAUCCUGUGACUAUGGCUACCACAGGCGAUUUGCCUGCACUGCACACACACAGGGUCUGAGUCCUGGAUGUUAUGAUACCUACAAUGCAGACAUAGACUGCCAGUGGAUUGAUAUAACAGACGUACAACCUGGAAACUACAUUCUAAAGGUCAGCGUGAACCCCAGCUAUCUGGUGCCUGAGUCGGACUACACCAACAAUGUUGUGCGCUGUGACAUUCGCUACACAGGACAUCAUGCAUAUGCCUCAGGCUGCACAAUCUCACCGUAUUAGAAAGCAAGCCAGAAUUUCCAAUGGAUAAAUCAGUGCCCAGUUGUUCUGAAGUGGAGAAAAGUUGAUGAACUUCAGUAGGAUUUAUGUCGUUUUGAAAAAAGAGAACAGAAAAACAACAAAGGAAGUUUUGUAUGGGCUGUUUUAUAGCUAAACACAUAACUGGAUAUUGGAUGUUUAAAUUGAAAUGUUUAAUAUCAGCAGUCACAUUGAUUUGGGAAUCAGUGCAGGGUUUUAAUUCUAUAGUUGUAGACUUGGCUCUUUCAAAUAAAUGCAAAUUUCUUAUGCCAUUUUGAAAUUAUAGUACAAAAGAGAAACCAUUUCAGUGAAUGAGCCAAAAUUACUUUGAGCUGGGAAUUUUUUUUUUUUUAAAGAGUUGAAACUUGAGUGAACCAUACAAAAACUGGCCUCUGUAGGUCCUAACAUAAAUUAAGAAACAUGGCUCCUACUGUUUGACUAGAUAGGGACACACUUGGUGCUGAGAAAGGAACAAACACAUUACCAUUGAUGUCAAGAAAUACUACUAUAUAGCAGAGAAUCGACAGCAUGUGUAUUCAGAUAGUUACAUCCCUAUAUAAAAUGUGUUUACAUCUUAAAUCGUAGAUAAAUUGCCUUCUUUCUGUCGAGUGUACAAUUUCAUUCUGACUGAAGUCAGCUUUUAUUUUGGAAUGGAUGAAGUCAUUGAGCUGCCCAAUUCCUGUCUGACUCUUGUUGACGCUCCCUCUACUCUGUUACUCUCCUGUGGGCACUUUUUUUAAGUGGCAUUCUUAAAACGAAGAUUCUAGGGACUGAGACAGAUACAUAGGAUGACUGUGUCAAUGGUAAGUCAUUCUAGUGACAUAUGAUUCACAAAUAAUAUCCAUUUAAGAACAGGAAGCAUUAUCCAGAAAGAAUUUCCUUGACAACAUAUCAAAAUAAUUGACAUGACCCCUUUCCCCCACCCCAAACAAAACUGUGUAUUAAAAAAAAUACUAAAAAGACACAAUAGUAUCUUCAACUUAUCUACAUUUGUAUAAUCAGCUUUAAAAAUAUAAAAAGAAAGGUUAAACACAUAAAUUUUCCAAAUUAAUGUAAUCUGCUAGGUCAGCUAGGAAUCACACAUACGUAUUUUGCUUUUUUUUUUCACAUGUGCAUCUGAAAAAUAAUGUAGAUUAGCAAAGCACCUAGCACUGUGUACUCAAGGGGUUGGUGAAUCAGGGGGUUGGGAAUACUUUCUGCAAAAGCAAGCACUGUGCUACAUAAUGAGACAGCUGUGAUUCUUAUUUUAAACUGUGACUUGGAGCAUUCCUCUCUUUCCUAGAUUUGAAAGGUGCAAAAAGAACAUUGAAUUACACUUAGAAGUGAGUGGUGCUUAAGCAGAAGUUUUCCUACACUAGUCAGUAUUAAAAGUCCCAAAGUAUUUCCAAGGCCAGGACACAUUAGGUCACAUUUGAAAAGUGAGUUGGCAUCUUUGUAUUCCAUACGUAUGUCAUAGAGUUGUGAAGCCAACACCUAUCACUACAUCAUCACUCCGUGCUUGCUGGGGCCUAGCCACGGCAAGGGUCUCAAGAUGGACAGUUACCAAGAGGUGGAUAGAAUGGGCCAUAUGCUAGCGCACAUGCUUACCAAGAGAGAAUGCAGACAGCUUGAGAGAGAUCCAGAACUUCCACUGACAUCAUAUCUGAGCUAUGGAAAUGAUUCUUUGGUGGACCUCUUUGCCUUAAAUUGCUUUCUAGUUUUAUAAUUGCAGUUUGAUUCUUUCAAACUGCAAUAGUUUCUAGUAGAGUUGUUUUAAUAUACUUGCUUUUUAAACAACAAAAACUACUGUCAGUAUUAAUACUGAGCCAGAAUGGCAUCUACAGGUUUAGGGUCUAUUGUUUCAUUAUUUUUUUUAUCCCUGUAUUAAAUAAGACAUAUUUAUAAUCAUUCUUUGGGCCUUUCAUCUGUCUGUCCAUUCAUUACCUUUUGAUGGUCUAUUAUAUACCAAGAACUCAUGUACCAGGCAUUGAUAUAAAAAGGUCCUGCCCACCCUAAGCAUUACCAAAAAAAAAAAAAAAAAAAACUACACAUUAGGCUAAUUUUGUUUCAGUUUUGAGAACUUUAAGCACCAUUAAACAUUUCUACUUUACAUUCUGUUGUUUUCCAUAUUUUAUUUUAAAAAUAAGUUAAAACUUAAUAGUUAUAUGCAUAUAUAUGUUACUAAUAAUUAAAUAUAUAUAUAUAUUUCCAAUGAUUGAAAUGUUUGUCUUUUAAAUACAGCAUGUACUGUUUGGUUGAUGUUGAAAAAAAUUUUAAUUAGGAAGCUGAAGAUUCUCACUUAUUAUGUAACCAUCCAUCUUUCCAGUGACACGCCUCCCCCCCACCCCCCACAUCAUCUCCCCUGAAAUAUCCCCAGUGGACUCCCAAUUAACUCACAAGGGUUGAUUUAACACACUGUAUUUUUUUAACCUUUUUAACAGAUAUUAAUUAAUUAGUGAAAGCUAUCCAUUUAAUAAUAUUUUAAAAGUUACAUUCUAACCAAACUAUAGGAAACUGAAAUGAAACAAAGAACUUUGAGUGCCAAAGAUAAACUAAUAGAAGACUAAAAAAAAAAUGAACUAAAGAGGAAGAUAUUUACUGAAACUUCUACCAGUCAUAUUAGUGGCAUCUUAAUUAUUCAAACCAUAGACUGGAAUAAAGGUGUCUUGACUUAAAGUAGGACAUAUAUGCCUGUUUCCAGGAAAUCUUUAUAUUUUUACAUAAUUAUUUCAUUAUGUUUUUCUUUCUUUUUUUUUUUUUUUGCCUCCAGGGUUAAUGCUGGGGCUCGUGCCGGCACUAUGAGUCCUCUGCUCCUGGAAGCCGUUUUUUCCAUUUUAUUGGAUAGGACAGAGAGAAAUUGAAAGGGGAGAAGAAUAUAGAAAGGGGGAGAGAAAGAUAGACACCUGCAGACCUUCACCACUUAUGAAGUGACUCCUCCCCCGCCACAGGUGGGGAGCCAGGGCCUCAUUAUCUCUACUUAAGUUUCAAUAGGUAUUUGAAAUAAUGAACUUUUUUUUUUUCUCUGUAAAGUCUCCUAGGAUAGUGAAAUUCACAAAUGUUGCCAGUAUCCGGUUCUAGAGGAAAUGCAGUGCACUAAAAUGAUUGUGCUGAGAAUUCACCUUUAACAAGCUGUGUGAAAAUACUGAGUUUCUGGUCAGGAGAUACUUUGUUUUAGAAAUAACUUGCUUUGAUAGUAACAGUAUAUAGUACCUGUUAUGAGAAAAAUCAUCCUAUUCUCAUAUGUGUUUAGAUUUCAUAUUUAUAAUCAAUGUAAUCAACACCUGCAUUCCAUUGUCACCUCCCAAAAGCCAUUUUUAACAAUUAAAACAUUUCAAGCCAAAAUGGUGCUGAAUUAUUUCAACUUGAAUGUAAAAUGUGUUGCGUUUGCUCACAGGAUAUAGACAUUUACUUAAUAUAUAACUGAUUUUUAUGAACUAAGUGACCUAUCAUUUGAUAUUGUACUCUUUUGUAAGGAAGUUUCAGUUUCUCCCAAAUUUUUCAGGAAUUCUAUUUGUAUAACAUUUGUUAACUUUUUUGAAGUGCUUACUUUUAAUGCCCAGACACUAGCUUUAUAUUCUCCUUUACAUUCUAACAUUCCUUUUUAUUAUAUGCCUAUCCUAUGAUUGCAGGAUUACAUUAAAAUACCUUGAAUAAAUGA